GGUUUGAUGGCGGUGUGCUGGGCUGCCCUCCUCUAUCACGGGGUCAGUGGGUACACCGACGCCGCACGCAGGAUCAUAAGAACAGCCCGGGACUUGAAACAGCGGCUCCAGAGGGUUCCCGGGAUCCAGCUGUUUGGCGACCCUUUGACCUCCAUCGUCGCCUUUCGGAGUUCGGAGGUCAACAUCCUGGCCGUGGGAGACCUCAUGACGGCGCGGGGGUGGCACCUCACCUUCCUCCAGUAUCCGCCCGGCCUCCAUGUGUGCCUGACCAGCCUCCAAGCCACGGACAAUUUCGCCGAAGAACUGGUGAAGGAUGUGAAGGAAACAAUGGAUAUCGUUCGCCUUAAUCCUCAACCGCCUUCGGGAGUGGGCAAAGUAUAUGGUACAGCCGCCAGUAUACCCGACAAAUCGCUAGUGGGGGAAGCUGCGAAGAUAUUUCUCACCUGCUAUUAUGACACAGAAAUUGUACCAGACGACAAGGACAAGGUGAAAGAUGUCGACACAAGUCGCAGCACAUAAUGAAUUUUUGUAGUAAGAUAUUUUAUAAUUAGUUAGGAAAGUCUUACUGAUUUUUUGUGUAAAAUGUGUACUACACUUGGUAUCAAUAUUUGAACAGAUUAUUUGAAACUGGUAUGAUAUACUGGUCAUGGUGUUUAUCUCCUAUUAUGAACUGAAAAUCCA